AGCUGCAGAGAGGAAAAAGGAGAAAACUCAGGAGCAGCAGCAGCAAUCCGACCCUGCAACAGCUUUACCAUGAACAUGUACUUGUUUGUGUAUGACUUAAUGCAAUUCUGUGGACAUUCUUGGAUAUUUACAAAUAUGAUCAUCAGGUUCAUGACCUUUGGAAAAGAUUCACUGGCUGACACAUUUCACUCCAUAGGACUUGUAAUGCGCCUUUGCCAGUUGUUAUCUGUAUUGGAGAUCCUGCACAUCCUCAUUGGCAUUGACAAAAGCCGUCUCCUCCCCAGGUUUUUGCAGAUCACGGAGAGAAUAAUUAUUUUAUUUGUCGUGAUCAACAGUCAGGAAGAAGUUCAAGGGAAAUAUGUCGUCUGUGUUUUAUUUUUCCUUUGGAAUUUAUUAGAUGUGGUCAGGUACACUUACAAUAUGUUGGCAAGGAUGGGCAUAUACUACCUACCACUAACAUGGCUCAACUUCUCACUGUGCAUCCCACUUUAUCCCCUUUCAGUUCUGGCUAAAGGAUUUGCAAUUUGUAUAUCACUACCUUAUUUUGAAUCCUUUGGCACAUACUCCAUCAAGCUACCAUUUCCAUUUACCUUCUCAAUCUACUUCCCCUAUGUUCUGAAAAUGUACCUGAUAGUGCUCUUUGCAGGUAUGUGCUUUAUCAUCCAGAACCUCUUCUCCGAGAGAAUGGCACACUUAGGGACAGGCAACAUCAAAAAUAAAAGAAGCUAAGUUUAUAUUUUGUUUGGAAGGACAAAAUACAUUCCUAGGGGAUUGCUGCACAUAGUAGUUAAAAACAAACUGGAAAGCUUUCUCAAUGCAAAACUCCUCUUUGCAUGAACAUUAUCUGGCUAUGUAGAAUUUUCAGAAAAGGCAGAUCUCUUGAAUGCACCUCAAAAAUACAGCAGGUUUUGAAAAAUUUUGAAUGUUUUGACUUCAAAUGGCCAGAGUUUUUUAAAUUAAGCGUUUUUUUCUAAUACAUGUUACAGAAUUCUGAAAAAAUUGAAGCAUGCCACAACUCACAGCCACACCCUUAUUUCAGUGUUAGUUCUUUUCUAUAGCUACAGAUAUUCUGUAAUGACAAUAUCAUUUAAUCUGUAAGAUUACUUUAUACUAGGCCAAUAUAUAUGUAUCUCACAUAUAAAUGCUAAAUUGUCUGGAACUGGAAUCUCUCAAGCAGCAGAAGCCAGAACCUUUGCAGUCUAGAGACUAACAUGCUGAUUAACAUGCUGAUGAACCCAGGCGUUCACUAAGGAUCCUUCAUGUUCGGGUCUCAUCCUUCAGUUAUCAAAGACAGUUCCAGAAAAUGCAGCUAAAUCAGAAAAGCAAGUGUUAUGCUACUCAUCAACUGUAUAUUCAAGGGGAUGUUUAAGGGUCAGAAAUAAACACUUGUUAUCAUGUGUUUGGCAUGUCACUUUCUUACCCCACAGUAAUUUCCUUUCAUGCUGAACAGCAGAUAGAUACGUUCAAAAGAAGUGUGAUAUAGUCAGGUCAAAUAAUAUGUUGUUCCUAAAAGGGAACUGAAUGACUGUCAAAAGCCAUGUGCAAAAUUCUAGGCAUUUGACUCAAUUGUGCCUCAUACUUCUCUAGGAUAAACUGUGAGAAUGCAAGUAGAACAUAGGCUUUUCAAAGGCUGGCAAUGAAGAAUAUACACAGCAACCCAGUGGAUUAUACAGGCAAAAAUAGCCAAAUAAUUCCUUAGAGGCUGGCAGGAGCUUUUCUGAUGUUUCAUAUGUAUUGAUUAUCACCUAUGUUUCAAUUCAAGCAUGUGGGGGAGAAAAGUGAGGCUAUUUUUUUUUUUUUAGCUGACUGAAAACUCUGAGAAGGGAGCCUAGAUAGUAGGAGUAGGAGAGAAGGUAAUAUUUAAAGGGAAACUAAAUACUGUUAAAAUAUGAAGAGGCUUUUGCCUAUACGACUUUUCAAACCAUGCAGCCUAAGAGAUUACAUAAGGAAACAGUGAAGCUAAAUUAAUUUGUUAUGAAAGGUCACCUACUGUAAUUUCUAUUUAUUUCAUACAUGUGGCAGACAAUGCCUGCAGACUGUUUUGACCACUGAAUAUUUACAGACCAUAAGGAAGAAGAUCAGCUUCGAAUAGUAUAGUGCCAACCCUGGAUUUGUUUUUUUCAAACCACUGCAAACAGAAAUUUGGAACUUUGUAGAGAAACAGGAGUGCUUUCACUUUGGGCUUCUGUCUGACCCAGACUGAUUCAAGUGUGUACAGUGUUAAGAAACAUACAGAACAGCUAAAUAAAGUGACAGCUUUGAAGAUAGCCAGAGUAAGUCCACAUUAAACUACUAUAUAGCUUGCUAAAGUUGAAACAUGAACAUGUUUUCCUUGGAAAUUCAACUCAACAUGCCAGAAACAGCUGGUUCUAGCCAGUUCCAAAAUGGAGCCACUGCAGGACACUGCUGUGCCAAACAGCUAAGAUGAUGCUCUGGCAUUUCUCUGAAAACUUAAGAAAAUGUAAGAAAUGUUACACAUUUGCAAGAAAGAAGAGUAAGAACAAUGUAAGAGAAACAGCUCUGUACAUUGACACCAAGGUGAAUGGAAAAGGAGAGGAAGAGCUACUCUAGGCACUGCAGCAGAUUUCUCUGCAGGCCAUAAAGAAGACCGUGGUGGAACAGGUUGUCCCUCUGCAACCCAAGGAGAAACAGACCAGACAGGAUAUCACAUGGCAGCCUGUGGAGGACCAGGCUGGAGCAGGUGGCUGUGCCCUGAGGGAAGCUGCAGCCCAAGGAGUGCCCACACAAGCAAAGCAGGAACUGUGGCCCAUUAGGGACCCCUAUUGAGGUAGCUUUUUCCUAAUGGACUGUACCCCAUGGAAAGGACCUAUGCUAGAGCAGUGCUUGAAGAGCUGCAGCUUGUGAGAAGAAACCAUGAAGGACUGUGCCUCAUGGCAGGGAUCCCCAUGCUGGAUCAGAGCAACAGUGAGAAAACAAACCAGCAGAGAUUAAGGUUUAUUACCUAAGUGCAAUCCUCACACCCACCUUAUCCUGCCUGGGGAGGGAGGAGGUAGAAAAUGCAGGACUGAAGGGGUAAAGUGAACCUAGGAAGAAAGGGGACAUAGGUGGGAGGCAAUUCUAGUUUUGCCUUUUUUCUUUCCAUCCUACUUUAUUUUUAAUUGGCAAUAAAUUUUUCUUCCACAAGUUGAAGUUGUUUUUGUGACAGUGAAUAGUAAAUGGUCACUCUGUCUUUAUCUUGACCCAUGAACUUUCUCAUCCUAU